AUGUUAUUUCGAUCAGCACUGCUCAGUAAUGUACUGCUUUUGCCCGCAUGCGCACACGACGUUCUCUUCAGUCGCGACCUGCCAUUGCCGAUUGCAGCCAAUGCCGAAUCCUAUACCGACUGUGCGAAUGCCGCCUGGCCACCGUCGAAUGUGGGUGUUGAGCUUGUGCCACAACCUCCAGAUGACGAACUACGAGCCAUGGUCGAUGAGAUGAGCGCCGAGAACAUCGAAGCUACCAUCACCAAGUUGGUGUCAUUCGGAACACGCCACACGCUGUCUACCUUCAACAGCUCAACCCGCGGUAUCAAUGCAGCACGUGAUUGGAUUGCCUCUGAGAUGCGAAAGUAUGCUGCUGAGAGUAACGGCACAAUGACGGUCGAGGUCCAAAGUUAUGUUCAGGGAGUGGCUAGCCGGAUACCAUUUCCCGUCACCAUUUCCAAUGUCCUAGCAAAGGCCACGGGAAGUGAGGAUCCCAGUAGGGUCUACGUUAUGACCGGGCACUAUGACAGCAGAGUCACGGAUGUGCUCAACUACGAGUCCGAUGCUCCUGGUGCCAACGACGAUGCCAGCGGCACAGCCAUUGCCAUGGAACUUGCGCGCGUUCUAGCCAAGCACCAGCCCAAGUCCACCAUCAUCCUGGGUGCCGUGUCUGGUGAGGAGCAGGGCUUGUACGGCUCGACGUAUCUUGCCCAGACACUAAAGAAUACUAGCACGAAUGUGGAAGGAAUGCUCAACUGCGACAUUGUUGGCUCUUCUACUGGCGACCGAGGCCAGAAGGACCCUUUUACUAUACGCGCCUUUGCCCAGGGCCCUCCUCCACUUUCUGCCGAGAGUAGCGCCAAAGCGGCACAGCGUCUCCAGAUUGGUGGCGAGAACGACAGCCCCGCCCGAGAACUUGCGCGAUUCUCUGCCGAGGUUGCUGCCAACAAUGCCACUGGCAUGAAAGUUGCUAUCAUCUACCGUCUCGAUCGUUUCCUGCGCGGCGGCGACCAUACGGGUUUCUUACAAGCCGGAUAUCCAGCUAUUCGCUAUACCGAGCCCAACGAGAACUUUGCCCACCAACAUCAAGACAUCCGCACUGAAAACGGAACUGUGUAUGGCGAUCUUAUAGAGUUUGUCGACUUUGAUUUUACAGCGCGCGUAGGAAAGGUCAACCUCGCAACCCUGUGGUCUCUUGCCCAAGCACCUGCUAUGCCACGUAAUGUUACCAUUGAUGCAACUAUCCUGGACAAUGAGUCGCGCAUCAAAUGGAUUAUAUCCAACAGCACCGAUGUAGCAAGUUACGAAGUCGUAUGGCGCUCCACUAUCGCGAGUUUGUGGACUCACAUGCUCGAUGUGGGCAAAGUGGGAUACGUCGUCCUUCCGCUUAGUAAAGACAAUGUCAUCUUUGGCAUUAGAGCUGUUGGAAAGAAUGGAUACAAGAGCCCAGCGGUAUACCCAUUCCCUGGGUAA